AUGCCUUCACCAGAAGAAAUUGAACUUCGAAAUUUGAAACAGAAAGUCAAAGAUAGAGUACAAGUUGAAACAAAUUCUAUACCAAAAAUAUAUGAGGAGGAAUUAGCUCGUUCUAAUCUCUCUCCAACUGCUCUCAUCCUUGCACCUGUUGCGACUGAAGCUAAAUCUAAUUUAAAUCGUAUUCGUCGAAAAACAACUGCACCAUUACCAACAUCAAGCGAAUUUGAAAUACCUGAUACGUAUCGAAAUACAUUCAAUGGUGAACUAUUUAUUUGUACUGAUACGAUAGUAAACAAAAAAAGAAUGAUUCUUUUUGCUACUGAUCAACAACUUGAACUUUUAUUCUCAUCUGAAUGGAUUUUUCUCGAUGGGACAUUUGAUGUAUGUCCAAAACAGUUCAAACAACUUUAUACUAUUCAUUGCUUGAAAUUUCAACAAAAUUUUCCUUGUGUUAUUAGUCUUCUCUCGGGAAAGUCAACUGAUAUAUAUCGACAAUUAUUAUCUGAACUUGAAUAUCAUGCUGAACGAUUAAAAUUGAAGUUUGAACCAGUUCACAUUAUGUCAGACUUCGAAAUGUCCUUGAUUAAAGCUAUUAAACAAAAAUUUCCCAAGGCAAUGCAUCAUGGUUGCUUCUUUCAUCUAUGUCAAUCUCUUUAUAAAGAAGUACAAGCACUUGAUCUUGCUGAAGCUUAUCUUAAUGACGAAGAUAUACGUUUAGCUUGUCGGAGCACAAUGGCUCUUGCUCUUAUGCCAUUUGAACAUAUACAAAAAGCCUUCGAGCUUCUCAAAAAAGAUUCACCUGAAGAAAUGGAGGAUUUCUUUCAUUAUUUCGAAAAUCAAUGGCUAAAACGAAUACCUCCAAAAUACUGGAAUGUGCCAACCCUCGAAUUCCGCACAAACAACUUUGCCGAGGGUUGGCACAACAAGUUUAACAAUCGAGUCGAAAAACAUCAUCCUAAUGUUUGGCACUUGAUAGAAUAUUUAAAACGAGAAGAACUAUCGUUUCGUCAACAAUUAGGAAAAAUAAAUAGUGGUUUACAGAAGAAAUCAAGCAAUAAAACCUGCACCACCCGGGCACAAAUUGAUACAUUAACUAAACGUCAUGAACAACAACAAAUUGAUCUACUCGAAUUUCUUCAUGGUUUAUCAACCCUGGUGGCCAAAAAUUCGAAAAAAGGACUUUGA